CCCACUUCCAAUAUGGCAGCCAUGGGAAGUAGACAAGCGUCGCCACGAAUUUAGGAGUUUUUUCGCAUAGAAUGAGAGCUGUAGGAGGCUGUCACCUAGAGUUCCGUGUUGUGGGAGCAAUAGUAUUUCCCGGCGCCAAUGUCCCGUUGGAGGAGCACUUUUAAAGUUUUCAAAAAGACAAUGUUUGUCAGUGGGCUAAGCUAGCAAGCAACGGUUAGCAAGUAAAUGAACCUGUGUCUUCUGAAUAAUUAGCAGAAACCAUUCGCCCUGCAUUCAUCCUUCUAGCAGCUCCCUUCACCAUGGCCAUCACUCAGUUCCGCCUGUUCAAGAUCUGCACAUGUUUAGCCAGCUUACUCUCCUUUUUCAAAAGGUUGAUAUGCAGGAGUGGGAGGGGCCGCAAGCUCAGCGGGGAUCAAAUAACUCUCCCGACAACUGUUGAUUUUUCAUCAUCUUUACCAAAACAGCCAGAAAUCGAAGAAUGGAGCUCCUGGGAUGAAGAGGCUCCUACGAGUAUUAAGAUCGAAGGCGGGAAUGGAAAUGUGUCUCCUCCUCCGGAUGAUGCAGAUGAAGAGCCUGAUUACUUCAAAGACAUGGCUCCUACCAUCAGGAAGACGCAGAAGAUCGUGCUGAAAAAGAGGGAGCCCCUGAACUACCUGGUACCAGAUGGAUCAGCAGGAUUCUCCAGCAGACUGGCUGCCUCUCAGGAUAUGAUGACCUUCAGUCCGCCCUCUGCUGAACUGGGAGAAAUGGAAAACUGGCAGGAGAACUCUAAUGCCUGGGAGGACGAGUCUGAAGCUGCCUGGGAGGCAGAGGAGGUGCUCAGGCAGCAAAAGAUGGCUGAGAGAGAGAAGCGCUUCAUGGAGCAGCAGAAGAAGAAAAUGGAGAAGGAGGCUCAGAGGAUGCUGAAGAAGGAGCAAAAGAUUGCAGUCAAGCUCUCGUAACAUUUUAGAAAAGCUCAGUUUUGAGCCAAAGGGAUUGGAAGUUUGGGCAUAGACUUCAGAUCUAUCAUUAAACUGUCUUUAAAGUCUUUCCCACAGGAUUAUCUUCAGUCACUCUCUACUUUAUCUGUUUACAAACUGCUCCGUUUCAGUUUCUACCAGCAGCCAUUUCAGUUUGUUGUGCAGCUGCACCAUAAAACACAUCAUCAGCCUGGAGAGCUGAGAUUAAAAUUAAAACACGGCUAGAGAUAAAAAUUCAAUUCAUUCCAUUUAUAAAUGGAAAAUAAAUCUGCAGAAAUGAGUGUAAUUUAUAACUUGCAUCACUGGAAAUCAGUGACAUUCUUUGGUUUGCUAAUUAUUGUGUUUUUAUAUUUAUCUCUGUAGCAGUCUGUACAAUAAUUUUUCCAAAAUUUGUGGCUUGAUUUGUUUUUGUUUUUCUCACCCUGUGCUAUAAAGCCAUUUCUGUAUUGAAAAUCUUUGCUCAAACUAAAACUGGAGCUUUUGACCUUGAUAUUAGUAAAUAUUGCUAGAAUAAUGAAGUCAAACUAUGAUUGGUGGCUGUGGGUUCCUAUGGCAACCUCCUGGCUGCUGGCUUACCGUCAUUGCCAGACAUUUAUUUCCUAUAGAAGACAGAUGGUGAUCGGUGGAUUUCUGUUUUCUGGUCUUAGGAAAUCUUGCUUUUUCCUUGUUCUAGUUAAUAAACAAACUCUUUUAUAAAAUGCAGAGCACAUAUGCAAUAAAGAUCAAUUUCCUCACUGAAAGAUAGCAUUUAGAACUGCAGAUUUAAUGUGUUCCUGUUGUAAAGAAUCCCAGAUCAUUACCUGAAAAUUAUUUCUGUUAUUAAAACCUAACCAUGUGAACAAUUUGAAAUAUGAAUGCAUGAUCUUGUACUUAAGCAUUUUAGAAGCUUCAUUAAAUUAAAAGUCCAAGGAAGCAUUUUUAUUUUUUAUUUGCAAUGUUACAAAAGCUUUGCAGAUUUCAGGUUUUGCUGCCUAUUAUUUUUCAGGUGAUUAAGGGGAAAAAAAUCAAAAA